UUUUGGGGGCUUUUCAGUUCCUGGUCCACGUCAAGCAGGCUUCGCGAUUAUGAUGAUAGCACGGGAAGGGAAAUAGUUUAAACAGCGACUGGAUUGGAAUUAUUCACCCUCCAGAAGAUGCCGGUGGACGUUUUACGUUCUGGACUUUGAUACAGAAAAGACCCCAAGAUGUCUUGGUUUGUUGAUUUGGCUGGCCGGGCUGAGGAUUUCCUGAACAAAGUGGACCAGGGGGCUGCCAGCGCCCUGACCAAACACUCGAGCCACGGUUUGUCCUCAGCAUCGUUCAACCCUCUGGAGCCGGAUGUAACUCCGCCCAGUGCUUUGUACGUGCCCCAUCAAAGCUACACGGGCCAUGAGACGCACGGCUUCAUCUCUGCUGCUGCCGAUAACAUUAAGAAAUCCAAAGCCACUGUGUUAGCAGGCACAGCUAAUGUGACCAGCACAACUCUUGUGGGUUCAGCUGUUAGCGGCAGCAGUGGCAGCAGUGGUGGUGCGGUCAAAGCCUCGUCCAACUUUGUCAGGCCCAGGCGAUCCGAAGUGGACGAUGAUUUGCUCUUCGACUUCCUGAACAGCUCAGAUCCACCACAGAGCGACAGGACGGAGGUGAGGAGAGACACUGCGGUCCUGAAGAGCAGUUUGGUUGAAGGAUCGGCUCAGGGGCAGGUGACCGUCCCAUCUGCCCCGGCUACUCCUCCUUCUACACGGGCUCUGUCCCGAAACUCCAGCCUCAGUUCCCUUACUGCAAGCACACACAGCGCCAAGACAGAGAACGACGUCCCUCGAGACGGAAGCCAAGGUGACAUGCCGGACAGCUCAGAUUCAGGUCUGGCAGCAGCAGCAGAUGUUCAGACAGUGGUGGAGUCGAGCUCGGCUCAGGAGGAACAGCUCAGUCAGGUGGUGUCUGGUUUGCGUUUGGAGAACCAGCUCCUGCGCAGCGAAGUGUCCUCACUCAACCAGGAGAUGGCCUCGCUCGUCCAGAGAGCCAAGGACACGCAGGAGGAGCUGAACCAGGCUCGAUCUCGUUCUGAGAAGUGGAAUGCAGAGCAGAGUCGCUCGGACCGUGCAACCAGGGAGCUGAGGGCACAGGUUGAUGACCUCACCCAGGCUCUGACGGCCAAGGACUCUCAGCUGGCCGUGCUCAGGGUGCGACUGGACGAGGCAGAUCAGUUACUGAAGGCCAGGAGCUCGGCACUGGAGGAGGCUCAGAGCGAGAGGACCAGGAUCCUGCAGGACCACAGUGAGGGGAACAGUCUGCAAUCUCAAGCUCUGCACACGCUGCAGGAGCGACUCCGAGAGGCUGAGGCGGCUCUGAACAGAGAGCAGGACAACUACAGACAGAUGCAGAGCGAGUUUGCGACUCGGCUGGCGAGGACAGAGGCGGAGCGACAGACGAUGGCCGAGUCGUUGAAGGGUGCAGAGCGCAGAGCGACAGAAGAGAGACAAAAAGCCGAGGAGCUCCAGCAGCAGGUCAAAACCGCUCGAGCUGCAGCUGAUUAUGCCAAACAGGAGCUGCAGGACUACAAGAACAAAGCCUCACGCAUCCUCCAGUCCAAAGAGAAGCUGAUCAGCAGUCUGAAGGAGGGCUCGGCUUUAGAGGCGCUGGACGCCGGAGGAACGGCUGAAGUGGAGCUGGAGGAGUUACGGCAUGAGAAGGAGCUCCAGAAGGAGGAGAUCCAGAAACUCCAGGCUCAGAUACAGAGUUUACGUUUAGAAAUACAGGAGCUGGAGAACCAGUCUGUGGUGGAGGCCGAGAGCUGGAGAGAGCAGCAGCUGGAGCAACAGGAGCAAAACUCCCAACUGAGCCGACAGAAACAAGAGGUGGAGGCUGAAUUGGAGCGCUGCAAGCAGGAGCUGCAUUAUGUGGAGGAGGAACAUCAUCGCACUAAGAGCACUCUGCAGAGUCGCAUCAAAGACAGAGAGGACGAGAUACAGAAACUCAGGAAUCAGCUGACCAAUAAAGCUCUGAGCAGCAGCAGCCAGGCAGAGCUGGAAGGCCGUCUGCAUCAGCUCACUGAGACCCUGAUCCAGAAACAGACCAUGUUGGAGGCUCUGGGCACGGAGAAGAAUUCGCUCGUCUUCCAGCUGGAGCGUCUCGAGCAGCAGCUGAAGAGCGUGCAGGGAGGCCAGAGUGGUGGCUCACACAUCAACAUGGCCGCCAUGGAGGGAGCAGGUGCGAGGCAAAGAAACACACCCUUGCUGUUCAGCGAUCAGGACGGCUCAGAGACAGGUGUGUAUGGGAAAGUGCGCAAGGCAGCCAGCACCAUAGAUCGCUUCAGCAUCCGGUUAGGGAUCUUUCUUAGACGCUACCCCAUGGCCAGAGUCUUUGUAAUUGUUUAUAUGGCACUACUGCACCUCUGGGUGAUGAUCGUGCUGCUGACAUACACACCUGAGAUGCAUCCACAGUCUCAUCCUGAUGGCAGAUAGAAGACUUUAUUAUGUAUAUGAAAUCUUUAUCAGAUGCUCUACGUGUAUAGAAAUAAAGCUAUAAUAUCUGUGAGCACCCAGGCGACAGCAAACUUGCAUUCUGAUUGAACUGGGUUUUUUUUUUUUCCUUUCUCAUUCCUUUAUGUCCCUCUCCGUUUUUUUGUCCUCCAUCUUCCACUUAGUUUGUUUCUUUCAUUUUGAAACGAAUCACCUUGCAGCGUGGAAACAGAAUUGAGUGACGUAUUUAAAGACAUGGUUCUUAUUUAAUUUUUCCUUGUGGAAGAUUUGCUUUCAGUUUUUACUCAUGGUUACUUUUGGUACAACAUGACUGUAAUUCUUCACUUUACUUUCUUUUAAUAAACAUUAAAACACUAA